AUGCCCAUUAGUUAUUUGACCCUGCCCCCCUUGGAGUACUUAUCUGGCCCCGCGGUUGGAGUGAUUAACAAGAAAAGAGAGCUCGAUGUCUCUGAUACUGAAGAACAACAGGAGAAUAAAAGGAGAGGAGACCCAGAGAAGAAGCAAGUGCACUGGAAUUUGAGCCCGAUGCUUCCUGCUCGCUAUCUCUAUUCGGACCUGCUCGUCCGGGAGGUCCCAUUGCCAGAACCCGUGAAUUGGUAUGCUCCGGGUGUAGGAUAUCAUGUACCUCCAAAGAGACGAGGUUCAACGAGCUGUUGGUCCACCGAUUCCAUGUUCAGCCACACGACUCAAGCUUGUGAUGGUCCUUGUGACCGCGCUGUCACAACGUCGGGAUCUGACCUUUCUUUCUCCGCAAGCCAAGGGCACUCAUUGAGCCCUCCAUGGCGUCCAGCUCCGCCUAGGCCGGCCUCCCAAAGUGGCCCACGAUCUGACCCACAAGAUCCGCCUUCACGCUGCUGGUGCGAAGCUGUAGAGCGGCAAGACGUGAACGCCAACGAAGACGAGUCGAACGAGCCCAAUGGCACGGGGCCUCGUCCAGGGGAUGCGGUUCAACGCCCGGCCGAUAUCGCGGCAAACAAUCCACCUGAGAUACAGGUGAAUGAAAGUGCGGCCGCCAUACCGAUUGGGCGUCUGACCAAGCAAGAUGAGGGAUACAAUAGUCCUCCACCUCCUUAUCCUACGGAGGGCCACAAUCCACCAAAUCCAGCGGUGUAUGAAGCGGCUGUCAAGCCCGCACUGCUGGCCGACACGUCUCUCAACUGUCCAGUUGAGCAAGGUCUGCGGCACCGCUUUCCUGCGCCGCCUCUGGAAGGCCACAUUCCUCCAGAGGCACCAGCACACCGACUGUCCGCUGCUUGCCUUGAACCACCGGCCAUGACAGCCAACAGUGCGUUCGGGCGAAAACUGCCCACUCUUGAGUGGCAGAGCGGCCCAUUCUGGAGGCCAAUGCCAUGGGCGCCAUUCACCGACCCGCCCCUCCCUGCUGUUGGAGUGACUGACGAUGAUCAUGACGAAACGUUGACGCUUGCCGCCCAUGAGACAAGACACGUAUGGUGA